AUGAGCAGAAACGGCGAUAGCAAACAAAAGACACCUCUUUUAACUCACUUGGUUGCUGGUGGUGCUGCUGGUUUUAUGGAAGCAUGUACUUGUCAUCCACUUGAUACGAUUAAAGUCAGAAUGCAAUUAGCUAAAAAUGCUGCUAGAGGAGCUAGUGGCAAACCAUUGGGCUUUAUUGGUGUAGGUGUCAAAAUCGUCAAGACAGAAUCAUUUUGGGCUUUGUAUAAAGGUUUAGGUGCUGUUGUCGCUGGUAUUGUACCCAAGAUGGCCAUCCGUUUUUCUUCCUUUGAACUUUACAAGUCUUGGAUGGCUGAUGCUGAAGGAAAAGUUAGUACGACAGCUGUAUUCUUUGCCGGUCUUGCUGCUGGUACAACUGAAGCUGUCUUGGUUGUCUCUCCUAUGGAUUUAAUCAAAAUCCGUCUUCAGGCUCAACGUCAUUCCAUGGCUGAUCCUAUGGAUAUUCCCAAGUAUCGUAAUGCACCUCACGCCGCCUAUACCAUUAUCCGUGAAGAGGGUGUUCGUGCUUUGUAUAAGGGUGUCACCUUGACUGCGUUGAGACAAGCUACAAACCAAGCUGCCAACUUUACUGCUUAUCAAGAAUUCAAAAGGAUGGCUAGAAACUAUCAAAACUUGGAUGAACUUCCUUCUUAUCAACACUUGAUCCUUGGUGGUAUCUCUGGUGCGAUGGGCCCUCUUUCUAACGCACCCAUCGAUACUAUCAAGACACGUAUUCAAAAAUCAAGUUCAACCGGUUCAGGUUGGGAAAGAUUCAAAGUAGUUACAAUGGAGAUUUGGCAAAAGGAAGGAUUUAGAGCAUUCUAUAAGGGUUUGACACCUCGUGUAUUGAGAGUAGCUCCUGGUCAAGCAGUUACCUUUAUGGUUUAUGAAAAGGUCAAGUCAUGGCUUGAUAUCUUUCAAGCCAAGGUUGAAAAUGGUGAAGUUACUUCACUUGUCUCUUCUCCUCAAAAAUAA